AUGAACAAGUCAGUCAUCUCAUUUACAGCAUGGCUAGUUCUCCUUUCAGCCAUCCUCCGCGUGUCGUAUGCUACGCAAAAUAAAGGUGCCAUCACCAGACGACAGGCAGCCAGAAACGACUCGAGUUCGCUCUAUACUUCGCCAUAUAUUGACGAAGAUGAGUGGCGUGAUCAGCCUUUGCGGCAUCGCUAUGUUCAUGGGGGGUUCAAUGGGACAGACUUGCGAUUCUCAUUCUACUUUCCUCCGAAGGAUUUGUACAAAGGCCGCUUUUUUCAGCCACUCCCUGCAGUCUCUGGAAACGAGAGGCUUGUUUUGAGUCCGGAAGCCUUGGGCGCAAUUAUAGACGAUAUCGCGCCGUUCGCUUUCGAAUCAGGGGCAUAUGUCGUUGAAUCGAACCAAGGAAGCCUUACUGCGUUCCCUGGACUCGACCAGACCAUUACGGGGUUUCGAGCGAGUGGAGCAGCCGCUACCUAUUCGCGCAAAAUAGCUCAGCAGAUGUAUGGUUCUCGUCAUCCAUACGGAUAUGUCUUUGGGGGCAGCGGUGGUGGUUUCAAGACUAUUUCUUGCAUGGAGAAUACCGAAGUUUGGGAUGCUGCUGUCCCGUUCAUCAUUGGCUCUCCUGCCAGUAUACCGAACGUCUUCACCAGCCAAGCUUAUGCUAUGAGGCUGUUGGGUUCCAAGUUUCCUAUGAUUGUGGACAGCAUCGAACCUGGUGGAAGCGGUGAUAUGUACAGUGGACUCAACGUUGAAGAACGUCAGGCUCUUGCAGAAGUAACGAAGAUGGGGUUUCCUCCUCAGGCCUGGUUCCGAUAUGAGAAGAUUGCGGUCGGGUAUACCGGCGUGUUUUCCGCGUUGCUGGACACAUUGGCAUUGAUCGAUGGGAGUUACUUCCAGGACUUCUGGACCAAACCAGGCUAUCUCGGAGCCGAUCCACCCAAGUCGCUAACAGACGCGCGGAUUCACCAUAACACGUCGAUUCAGAGGAUCAUAUUUGCGGAUGAAGCUCGGAGACUUGGUCUUCCCGUUACGCUCCCUGGAAAUCUUGGUGGUGGACUGACUAACGUCCCAGCGGCGGUCAUUCUGACCAGUCUUCCGACCGGUGAUCUUCAAGGAGCGUCUUUGACACUGACAUCUGGACCUAACAUUGGGAGUAGAUUUUUCAUUGCUGGCAUUGUCAACUCCACUGUUAUCAUCGGAUUCGGCGCAACCAAUCUUCAAGCGGUGCUCGGUUUGAAGGAAGGUGACGGUCUAUUUUUGGACAACGACCUCUACCUCGCAUCGCAGACCUAUCAUCGUCACCAGAGCCCGGGUCCCGAGUUUCCAGUCUGGCAACAAUUCCAAAGUCAAGGCAAACCGAUAUACCCUCAACGCCUGCAGCUUUCCCAGCUUGGAGCAGCCCUUAGCGGCACUGGCACCGCGCAGACAGGGAAAUUCCGAGGCAAGAUGAUCGUCAUUGAAGCCGGGAUGGACGAAGCCGCCUUCCCUUGGCAGGCCGACUGGUACAAACUGCAAGUCAAGAAAAAUUUGGGCUCCGCAAUCGAUUCUCGAUUCCGGUUGUGGAUGGUGGAAAACUGUAUGCACACAUCCCCCCAGAAACCAACUCCUCAAGAGCCACGUCCUGUUGAGGCCACUCGUAUCGUGUCGUACACACCUAUCAUCCAGCAAGCCCUUCGCGACCUCAUUAACUGGGUGGAGAAAGACUUGCCGCCCCCACCAAGCACAAACUACACCUUCGUCGACGGCCAACUGGUUCUACCCCCGAGUGGGGAUGAACGAAAGGGCGUCCAGCCGGUCACGAACCUGUCAGUGAAUGGUACAGCCCGCGCAAACGCAAAAGUCGGCGUAGCGGUCGAAUUCAACGGGACGAUUUCCGUUCCACCAUUCGGUGGCAGUGUCGUCGCCGCGGAAUUCGAUUUCGACGGCGCUGGGGCUUUCCCUGUGUCCGCACCGCUCCAGUUGAGGGACGGAACUGGCAGACAAGCGGUUGUGAAAGCGUCGUAUACUUUCUCGCAACCAGGAACUUAUUUCCCGGUACUGAAAGGCGUUUCGGCAAGGCAGGAUCUGGUCCGAGGAAAUGCCUCUGCUUUUGGUAGAGCUACGAACCUUGGGAGAGUUCGAGUCGUCGUUACAUAG